GUGAAUGGACCUGUACUGUACACCCCUUGAAGAGAAUACCCUUCUGGCAAUCAUCUUCCCAGGAGGAGCAUCUGUAGUUUCAGCUUCAGGCCGCUGUCCCGCGCAGAAGCAGACGCAAUACAGCUCCAAUAUGCCGAGGAGAGCAGCGUCUCCGGCCCUGUCGGAAAACGAAGUGGACAUUGCAGGAUCCUUGUUUGCCAACGACGCCGACAGCGAUGGCGAAAUCGAGCAGAAACCCGGUAAUGCGACCUUCAACGACCUAGAUUUCAAUAGCAUUCUAAAUACGGCCGACGCCAGCGGAUCCGACGAUGGCGGCGACGAGGACUUCAUUGCCCUCCAACAGCGGAGCUCCAACCGGAAGGCGUCCAAUCUGCAGGGCAAGUCGGUCAAGAAGGGCGGCGGCUUUCAGGCUAUGGGCCUCAAUGCGAAUCUCCUAAGAGCGAUUACACGGAAGGGCUUCUCGGUACCCACCCCUAUCCAGCGUAAAACAAUACCCCUGAUCCUGGAGAAGAGGGAUGUUGUGGGCAUGGCCCGGACAGGGUCUGGCAAGACGGCCGCCUUUGUUAUCCCCAUGAUUGAGCGUCUGAAGGCUCACAGUGCCAGGGUCGGCGCCAGAGGUCUCAUCCUAUCGCCCUCUCGCGAGCUGGCGCUGCAGACAUUGAAGGUUGUCAAGGAACUGGGAAAGGGCACCGACCUCAAAACGGUUCUGCUUGUUGGCGGUGACAGCCUGGAGGAACAGUUCGGCCUGAUGGCCGCAAACCCGGACAUCAUCAUCGCCACCCCUGGCCGGUUCCUGCACCUGAAGGUUGAGAUGUCGCUGGACCUCUCCUCAAUCAAGUACGUCGUCUUUGACGAGGCCGAUCGGCUCUUCGAAAUGGGCUUUGCUGCACAGCUUACCGAGAUUCUCCAUGCUCUGCCGCCUUCGAGGCAGACUCUGCUCUUCUCGGCCACGCUGCCGUCGUCGUUGGUUGAAUUCGCCCGAGCCGGUCUGCAAGAACCGAGUCUCGUAAGAUUAGAUGCUGAAACAAAGGUAUCACCCGAUCUUGAGAGCGCCUUCUUCUCGGUUAAGGGAGGUGAAAAAGAGGGUGCUCUGCUCCACCUUCUCCGCGAUGUCAUCAAGAUGCCUCUGGGCGAGCCGGAAGGAGCCCAGCAGGAUGAAGAGCACCAAUCAAAAAAAAGAAAACGCGGCUCAGACAGGCCUAACCCAAAAGAGAAGCCGACAGAGCACUCGACGAUUGUUUUCACCGCCACCAAGCAUCACGUCGAGUACCUAGCAAGCUUGCUGCGUCACGCCGGGUAUUCUGUGUCGCAUGUUUACGGCUCGCUCGACCAAACCGCCCGAAAGAUCCAGGUCGAUAGCUUCCGGAGGGGGCGAACAAAUAUCAUGGUAGUAACAGACGUCGCGGCUCGCGGUAUCGAUAUACCCGUACUCGCGAAUGUCAUCAACUACGACUUCCCUCCUCAGCCCAAGGUCUUCGUCCACCGUGUCGGCCGAACAGCGCGUGCUGGCCAGCGCGGUUGGGCUUAUGCUUUGGUAAGGGAGUCGGAUCUCCCCUAUCUUCUCGAUCUCCAGCUCUUCCUCGGCAGGAAGCUGGUGCUUGGGCAGGAGGUGAAAGAUCCGUCAUUUUCCCAAGACGUGGUGGUAGGUUCUCUAAUUAGGAACCAGCUUGAAGAUCACACAGAGUGGGUGAACAAGCUGCUCAAGGAGGACGACGACAUUAGUGCGCUCAAGCGAGUCACUAUCAAGGCCGAGAAGCUCUACAUGAAGACAAGGAACUCGGCAUCGAGCCAGAGCGCGAAGCGUGCUCGUGAGAUCAUCGCUUCCAAGGGCUGGUCUCAAGUGCACGCGCUGUUCGGCGAAUCGGCGGCGAAUGCUGAGGAAGCUCGGGAUAGACUGCUGUCCAAGAUCAGUGGCUUUAAACCACAGGAGACCAUCUUUGAAAUCGGGCCCAAGGGCAAAUCCUCGCAGAACAAGGCUGCCGAAGUCAUGCGCAGCUUCAGAUCAAGGGUUGGGCCUCGAAAAACUGCCAAGCAGGAGGAGGACACUGCGAUGGCAGACGCCGACGACUUGCCAGUGCAGCCAGGUGAAGGCGGCGAUUUUGAGAACUUUGAGGAAGACGGCGAGGAUGACGAGGAAGCGUGGCAAGAUGCCGAGGCUUCCGACUCGGAGCUCGAGGUCACGGUGACAAGCAGCGGCAAGUCGAAAAAGGGCCAGACAUCCUUCCAGGACCCUGAGGUCUUCAUGUCUUACACCCCGCGGACCACCAGCGUUGCCGAGGAGCACGCCUACGGUGUUCACUCUGGUGGCACGCAGAGCGCCCACUUCGUCGAGGCGGCCCGCGACGCCGCCAUGGACCUGACCAACGACGAGGGCGCCAAGUCAUUCGGCCUGCCGACACGCUCCAAGAUGCGCUGGGACAAGCGGCACAGCAAGUACGUGGCGCGCACCAACGACGAGGACGGCUCGCGCGGCGUCAAGAUGAUUCGCGGCGAGAGUGGCGUCAAGAUCGCCGCGAGCUUCCAGAGCGGCCGCUUCGACAAGUGGCGUCGCGCGAACCGCCUCGGCCGGCUGCCGCAGGUUGGCGAGGCCGAGAAGUCGAACCUCGUUCGCAAUUUUGCCGGCGGUGGGCCCGGUGCCGCCGCUGCCAAUGGCAUGCGAUACAAGCACAAGAUGGAGAAGGCCCCCAAGGACGCCGACAAGUACCGCGACGACUACCACGUGCGCAAGCGCCGCGUCGCCGAGGCCAAGGAGAAGCGCAUCGGCAAGUUCAAGGACGGCGAGGGCAGCAAGCGCGAGCUCAAGAGCGCGUCCGACAUCCGCAAGGCCAGGCAGCUGAAGGAGAGGAGGCGCGAGAAGAACGCGAGGCCGACAAAGAAAGGGAGGAGAUGAACUCGCGUGGAGUGGCGGCGACCGACAUGUAUCAUCAUCAUACUGCCCGCUGGAUAUCCACCCGUAUCUGUAUAUACAUUGUAGUUGCAAUAAAAGUUGGCAAAGACGAUGAUACCUGUUACAUCGCUUUUCCUCCUUGCUGAGGUUGGGGUUCAAGAACGGCACACAACUGAUAUGAUGGAGUCAGUCAACCGAUUCUUUUGGUAUAUACAUGAGCAGGAUAUCAGCAGAUACUGUUAAGCAUUGAUGAGGAAAUCGCAAACAGCCAUCUAGUAGAUGUAAACCCCAGCAUACUCGCUGGGGCCCAAGAGCAACGAGCGUUUAUUCGAACA